AUGGAAAGUGAUAAGCCAAAUAUUGCUCAUCGUACGCGCAAUGCGUCGCGCAAAGAUACGGUGGAAAAACCAGCGCCUAAGCCAGAAAAGCGUCGGCGAAAACCAGACUACAUUCCUCCCCUUUCUCGUCGUUUGGGUCCAUAUACCAACCUCGUCAAGCCUCCUGUGUCGUCGCUCGAGGUUUCAGGUCCUAUUGAUCUUGCUUUCAAGAAAAUCACAGGGCUUCUUGUGAAGAAUACAGCUCCUGAUUUCAGCAGCGAGUUUCUUUGUGGCGUUUCCAACUUGGCAUCAGAGUAUAUGUGUCACCUUUUCACACUGCUCCACGAGCUCACAGAAGUGCAGCGACAUCUGCGGCCUGGUGUCGCCGAUCUCCAAAUGUGUUUAGACCAACACUACUUGACUCCCACUGAUCUUUACCACCAAUACGAACGAACGCUACAGUUUCCCAAAGAGUUGCGCCCAACGAUUGCCAUGCUCAAAGCACAAGUGGAAAAGCUGCAGAGCGAAUUCUAUGCUGAAAAUUACACCCUAGACAAAGAUGACCCAUCACUUGUGUUCCAUGCCAAUGAACAGUAUGAGAUUGCUGCCCUUGUCCCAAGACAAUCGAAAAAAAGGAACUAUAUCCCCGAUUAUUUGCCAGACUUGCCUCCCGAUUAUACUUAUCAAGAUACAGGCCAUUAUAUGAGCACACUUACAGACCUUAAGCAAAUCAAACUUAAGUUGGUGGAAGAGUCGCGGCUUAACGAGGCGUCACUUUACAAGUUGAUUGAUAACGAGAAUCCAUUGCGUGAUAUUGAUAAAGACAUCCUGAUGCUGAGCUAUUCCGACCUUGAAUCUGACGAUGAUGGAAUCAUGAGUGAUGUCGGAGCACGGAGCAUUUCCGACGUCGAGUCACCUGCAGAAGUGACAGAUAAAUCAGAACAAAGGCCAGAAGAAAAAUUAGAUGAAAGAUCGCAAGAAAAGAAAGAAGAAAAGGCAGAAAAUAUUUUGGAAAAGAUGGCCGAAGAUAGCGAAGAAAACAUCGAAGCUAAGCAAGACGAACCACAAGAAGCUUCAUCCCUUGAUACUCCUCAACCCAUUGUUCAUAAGGACAAGAAAUUUGACUUUGUGGGCUAUGCACAGAAAUGUCGACUUGCAACUGAAAGAAAAGCAAAGGAACUCGAACUUCGGCGUCAAAAACGACAGAAAGAUAUUUUUCUUAGAGCUGAAAAACUGUUUUCGUGUUAUGCCGAAGGACCGCCAUCUCUUAGUGAGCGAGAGUAUUUUAAGAAGGUGCUUGACGGAGGAUUCAAGAAGGUGAUUCGGGCUACACGCAUUGCAGAGCGGAAGAAAAAGGAAAAGAUUGCCGAACUUCUUGCACGCAAGGCCCAGGCAGAGCAGGAGCUCGAAAAAGACAAUGCGUUCGAGUUUGGUUUUGCUUUCAAUCAUGCAUCUAAUCUUUCAGACAGCGAAGAAGAAGACAUGCCAAUUGAAUUUGACUUUGGCGACGAGAAGGAUGAGGUUAUUUCUGAGAAACCAUCACCUGGACAAUUGGCAGGCAAGGCGCCGCCAAAUAAUAUAAGCGAUAAUAAUGUCCAAGAUGAUGGAGAACGCGGUGAUAUACAAGAAACUGCAGAAUCGAACCACACGGAUGAUGUGGACGAUAUGAGCAAAAAGAUGAACGACGAGCUAGACUCUGUGCUUAAUGCAGCUGAAGAAUCUACGGCUGGAGUGCAUCUGGAUUGGCAGAUGGCACUUGGAGCAGAUGCAGAUUCGGACGAAGACGAGUUAGAAGACUUAUAA